AUGUAUCUCCAACUGCUCAAACCCCAUUUGCUCCGAUGCUCGACCCGCCCUUCCUCCUCAUACACUCGCCACCCAAUCGACCAAAAAUGGGCGGCAAUGGCGAAAAAAGCCAUGAAAGGUCGUGAAGCCGACACUCUGAUGUGGAAUACUCCAGAAGGAAUUCCAAUCAAGCCACUGUACCUCCGAAGCGAUCGUGAGUGUGACGCCGAGCGAAAUGUUGAACUUCCCGGACAAUUCCCAUUCACCCGGGGCCCAUAUCCAACAAUGUACACUCAACGACCUUGGACCAUUCGUCAGUAUGCAGGAUUUUCAACUGUCGAAGAGUCGAAUAAGUUUUAUAAAGAGAAUAUCAAGGCGGGACAGCAAGGAUUGUCGGUUGCCUUUGAUUUGGCUACUCACAGAGGAUACGAUUCUGACAACCCGCGUGUGUUCGGAGACGUCGGAAUGGCUGGUGUCGCCGUUGAUUCUGUGGAAGACAUGCGUCAACUGUUCGACGGGAUUAAUCUCGAAAAAAUGUCGGUUUCUAUGACAAUGAACGGAGCUGUGAUUCCAGUGCUCGCCAUGUACGUUGUGGCCGCUGAGGAGUCUGGAGUUAGCCGAAAACUGUUGGCUGGAACUAUCCAGAAUGAUAUUCUCAAAGAGUUCAUGGUUCGUAACACCUACAUCUACCCACCAGAGCCAUCGAUGCGAAUCAUCGGAGACAUUUUCGCGUACACCUCCCGCGAAAUGCCAAAAUUCAAUUCUAUCUCGAUUUCCGGCUAUCAUAUGCAAGAGGCUGGAGCUGACGCUGUUCUCGAGAUGGCGUUCACGAUUGCCGAUGGAAUUCAGUACUGUGAGACUGGAAUCAACGCCGGGCUUACUAUCGACGCAUUCGCCCCUCGCCUUAGUUUCUUCUGGGGAAUUUCAAUGAAUUUCUAUAUGGAGAUUGCCAAGAUGCGUGCCGCCCGUCGUUUGUGGGCCAAUUUGAUUAAGGAGAGAUUCUCGCCGAAGAGUGAUAAGAGUAUGAUGUUGAGAACUCAUUCACAAACUUCUGGAUGGUCAUUGACAGAGCAGGAUCCUUACAACAACAUCAUCCGUACCACCAUUGAAGCGAUGGCAUCUGUCUUCGGAGGCACCCAAUCCCUCCAUACCAAUUCUUUCGAUGAAGCUCUCGGUCUCCCAACCAAGUUCUCGGCCCGUAUCGCUCGUAACACCCAGAUCAUCAUCCAGGAGGAGUCUGGAAUCUGCAAGGUCGCUGAUCCAUGGGGCGGAUCUUAUAUGAUGGAGUCGUUGACUGAUGAGAUCUACGAGAAGGCGUUGGCGGUGAUCAAGGAGAUCGAUGCGUUGGGUGGAAUGGCCAAGGCGGUGGCUUCAGGAAUGACGAAGCUGAAAAUCGAGGAGGCCGCGGCUAAGAAGCAGGCUAGAAUCGAUGCUGGAAAGGAUAUUAUUGUUGGAGUCAACAAGUAUCGAUUGGCUGAGGAGCAACGUGUCGAGGUGUUGAAGAUUGAUAAUAAGAAGGUUCGAGAGGAGCAGUGUGCCAAGUUGAAUAAGAUUAGAGAGACGAGAGACGCCGAGAAGGCUAAGAAGGCGUUGGAUGCGAUUACUGAGGUAUUUUUAAAUGGCGCUCGUGGAGACGGAAACCUUAUGCAGCUGGCUGUCGAAGCCGCCCGUGCUCGUUGCACCGUCGGAGAGAUUUCAGAUGCUAUGGAAAAAGUCUUCAAUCGCCACGCAGCCGUCAACCGACUGGUGUCAGGAGCUUAUAAGUCAGAAUUCGGAGAGACUUCGGAGAUGUCACAGGUUCUCGAUCGUGUCAAAUCCUUCGCCGAUCGUGACGGACGUCAGCCACGUAUCAUGGUUGCGAAGAUGGGACAAGAUGGACAUGAUCGUGGAGCCAAGGUCAUUGCCACCGGAUUCGCUGAUCUUGGUUUUGAUGUAGACGUCGGACCACUGUUCCAAACACCACAGGAAGCUGCUCAACAAGCCGUCGACGCUGAUGUCCAUGUUAUUGGAGCAUCCAGCUUGGCUGCUGGACACUUGACCCUUAUUCCACAAUUGAUUGGAGAGUUGAACAAGCUUGGAAGACCAAAAAUUUCUUCCAGAGACAUCCUGGUCGUUGCCGGAGGCGUCAUCCCACCACAGGACUACAAGGAGCUGUACGAUGCUGGAGUCGCGUUGGUCUUCGGUCCGGGAACUCGUCUCCCAGCUUGCGCCAACCAGAUCCUCGACAAACUUGAGACCGCCCUUCCACCAGCUCCAGGAAAGGUGGCGGCUCGUUAA